GAUAAAAUGGCACUUUUCUUUGCUUUUUCAAUCAUCGAAUCUCUUGCGUCUUAUUGUUGAUCUUUCAAGUCCAAACAUUUUCGCGAAUUAAAUUCAUCCCAGACAUGAAGAACAUUCUACUUUUAAAUCUUUCUAAGCCAAAUCCGAAGAUUCAUUUGAAUUUUUGUUUACUUAUUCCGGGGAAAUCAAAAGCGGGUAAUGCACACAAGGUGUUUGAUAGAAUUCCCCAGAAUCGGGUCUCUGUUUUUUCUUUCUUUCUAUGGCACCAAGCCUUGUCACGUGGAUCUCACGUGAUAAAAGCGAGCCUCUUCAGUUACUUGCUUAUAUACGUUUGUUGAUUUUCCCGCUUCUUCUCGCAAACAAAAUCUCUCUCUCUCUCCGUGAAGAAAAAAGAACUCUUGAAAGCCUGCAACAAAUCUUGAGAAUCGUUUUCCAUGGAGCCUGCUUUCAUGAAAGACGUUGAGGGGAAGAAACUCUACCAAAAUGUUAAAGAUUUCCACGAGAAUGGAGAUUACAGCAAGGCGUUGGAGAUACUUGACUAUCUGGUCUUACCCCAUAAGGAAGACAGGCAUUUAUGGCUUCUUCAUCUCGACCAAGGUGAUCAAUUUCGGGCACUAGCGCAAAAAUCGAAGGGAACUCACAUGGAGAUCGCAUACUUGUUGGGUGCUCUAGGAUCUACAUCGGAAAAAGCGGAGACAUCAGGGUUUUGUGCUCGCGUGCUCUUCAAAUUGGCCCAAGAUCUUGGGUCAGUAUCGUAUUACAAGAAUUUCUUGCGCAAAGCAAAACAGGGGUUAUAUGUUCCUUACCCAGAUUUGCCGAGUCCUACUGGUACACUGCGAGAGAAACUACUAGACAAAGAUAGGAAAGAGCUGGAGAGUCUAAUAGAGAAAGCAGAGUUCGCUCUUUCCAAGGCUAGCUCGUUAGCGCCAAAACUUUGGCAGUCAAAGAAAAGUCCGGACCCGCACCCGCUUAAGGACGAGUUUAGUGGAUUGAGGUCGUACUGGGUGGGUUUAGAUGUUAAGAUCAAAAGGGAUCUCAUGAUAGUAAGCAUUGAAAAGCUUACAGGUUUUGUCGACGGAGUACAUGAAAGUAAGGGACGAGAUGCUUUCGAAAAAGUUCUCGCCUUUGCCAGGGAAAACGACAAAUGGACAUUCUGGGUGUGUCGAACUUUAUGUUUGAAGGAGUUCUCUAGUGCUGAAGAAUGUAAGACUCAUCUUGAAGAAGAACAUGCUGCAGGUUUUAAACCUUCUUCGGAAAUGGAUAUGGUCAAAAGGAUAGGGAAAAACUGGGCUCAGAAGAUAAUGGCUGGAGGUUGGGAACCAGUCGAUGCAGUAGCUGCUGUUGAAAUGAUCAAAAAUCACCUCACGGAUGUGAAAGCGUUUACGUCUAAAUCUAAAAGGAAAGGUUGGUCAGAGGAAUGGCCUUUCGCAGCGGAUGAAGAGCGCAGUAAUGUACUCAAGGAAAUCAAUUUACUCCUUGUGUCGCUCUGUGACCAUAACAUUUUUUCCGGUAGCAUUCGAGACUGGCUGAUGCGUUUUCCGGCUGAGUAUCUUCGAAGACUUGAGGUUUCCGAACAGAGUCUUAUCGAUUCUCACCUACUGGAAACACCACAGAGCAUCUGUUUUCUGGAACUUCAUGACCUCAAUCAAAUCCGAGACUUUCUAAAGAAGAUAAAGUGUGAAAGGAAUGAUGGUACAGAUCUAGUCUGCAGAGCAGUGGACAGUCUUUUGGAUCGUACUCGAGUUAAAGAAAAGAUCGACUUUGACUCUCACUAUUCAUUUGUGCUUUUGGAUAAAAGACUGUUGAAAAGCAAUAAUGCUCUAUUUGAUGAUGAUGGGAAAAUCAAUUUAAUUGCUGAUCCCAAUAUUCACUACGCCAAGGCACAGGCUCAGGGAGAUGAUAUCAUAUCCUGGUUAUGUGACUACUCUUCAGUUGAUAAGAGCUUUCCUACACCUAUCAGGGAACACAAUCUCGAUAUCUGGAUGGCUGUUCUGAAAGCUGUCCAGUUCAUACGUACAACAUUGGGAACCAAAUACGCAAAGAAAAAGCUGGUCUUAGAUUAUGAAGCAGCUCUUACUGUCGUGGAGAACCUAUGUAUGAGCGAAGCUAAUAGAAGAAUGAGAUUUCCGGAAGAUCAAUGGAACAGCUAUGCGUCUCUUCUAUGCGAUCGAUGCGAAGAGAAAGUCUCCGAUAAUUCCUUCAAUACAAAAUUAUUCUUGGGUGCAGUACGAGAUGUUUUCGAAGGAGCAUCACAUCCGACGUUUGAUUUCCCUGAGUUAGAAGAUAGCCUGAAUCUUAUACGCAAGCGUAAAAGUCUCAGCGAUGGUUUAGUGUUGAAGUCCAUAGACCUUCUGAAAUCAUUGGUCACCCACAAGGUUCUGCUAAUUGAUUCAAAGAUAUUGCUGAUUGAUAAUUCACGGAUUAGAUUGCUAAACACCCUCGCCGAGCUUUUUGUUUUUGACAACCGCUCUUAUAUGCUUCAAUUCCUGAAACCUUUCUUGCUGGCACAACAGAUAACUUCAACGAGCAUGUCUAGUCCCCUUGAUAAGACUGUUGAACAUGAACCUUGUGUCAACCUUGAACCGGAAGAAGAUUCGAUGGAACCAGAAGAUACUCUUGCAAGGGAAAGAGGUCGCUUGGAAGAUUCAUCCAACACUGACAUUCAAGUGGAAGCUACUAUAGUUGACGGUGGUUAUAUGCAAAACGUGCCCGGAGAAGCUUCACCGUCGGUAAAUUUGGAGUCAGUGCUUGGAGGAGCUGCAGUCAGAUACAACUCAGCUCUUGACAUGACGCUAAAGGCCCUCUUGUACAUUAACGUUUUUAAAGAAGAUUUAAAGCACAAUGAGCUACCACUUCAUGACGACCUGGAAACACAAGUUCGUUGUGCGCUACAAAAUCUCUUUACUGCUUUGAAAUCAGACAUGAUAAAAACUGACGGACUCUACGGUGUCAUCUUGAGUGACUUAGUUGCUGCUCAAGAAGUUCUUUCAAUGUCGACUGAUGCUGCUAUGGUACUAGUAAACAUCCUUGAGUCUUGGCAUUGCUGGAAAAAUUCAGAAAGAGAAAGCUUGGUGACUCGCCUUUUUACGUUGGAGGAAAAUGAAAGUAUGAGUUGUAGAAAAUGUGGAAGGAAGACAAAUUAUCCAGAGCAGAGUUAUUAUGGAAUUUUUAUGGCUGCAGAUUCAAUCAGAGACCUGAAGUGUGCUUUUGGGGAUAUUGUGUUUGUGGAUAUCCUUAAAAUGGUGCGCAUGGAAUAUAAUAUGUUAUGCGACAUCAAAACAGGAGGCUGUGGGAAGACAAACUUUGUUCAUCACAUUAUGAGUAGAUGUCCACCUAUCUUCACAAUCGUGUUAGAAUGGGAGAAAAGUGAUACUGAAAAAGAAAUAUCUGAAACAACAAAAGCCUUGGAGUCGGAGAUAGAUAUCAGCAGGCUGUACGAAGGCUUAAAACCAAAUACUAUCUACCGGCUUGUGUCAAUGGUAAAAAAAAAGGGUCUCAAAUGUUUGUGAUGUUCUUCUUCUGUAUUUCUCUGUUAAAGUCUCAAGAAUAAAUGGGAUAUGAUGCAGGUUGGUUGUGCUGAAGAAGACGAACACAUCUGCAUAGCUUAUGAGAAGAACCAAUGGGUCAAUCUCAGACGUAAGUCGUUAGCAGGAGAGGAUGUUGGUGACUGGAGGAGUGUGGUCAGAUUCUGUGAGGAAAAGAAGGUGCGGCCAGUGAUUCUGCUUUAUGAAGCUGUCGGAUCGAAGGCGUAACAAAAUCGUAUCCAUGUAUUAAAACCUAGAAAACAGUGGCAUGAUCCAGUUCAAAACAAGUCUUCUUUUGGUCUAUAACAUGAAUGUAAAGUACUUUUGGAGUUUUCAAUCAAGUCUCUCUCGUUUUGGGUUGGAAUUACACAUGUUCAUCUACACAAAGAUAGAAAUCACUUCCGGAUCAAGUAAACUAUAUGUGUCUUCAGUCUAUACUGCUGGUUAUUAUUUGAGUGACUUACAUAAUUCUGAAAUUCGUA